AGGUCCUCCGCAGACCGGCGGUGGCUUUGUGUGGCCAGCACCUUCCUCUGCCUCUCCCGCUCCUCAACUGCCCCGGGGGAGAGUCUGGGGGCGCAGCAGAGGCGACGGACCUCUGCCCAGGAAGCCACCCUCGGCUGAAAAAUGGCUGAACAAUUUUAGUCUCGUUUAGCAAACCUUUAACAUUGACACACAAGUGUCCGGAGUGCGUUCUGCCCAAAUACCUUCUGAGAGUUACAUGAUGACAAAUUAUGCUCAUAUUCCGCAUGUUGGGGAAGAAGCAAAUGCUAUAUAAGGUAAAUAUUGAAAAGUAUCUGCUAUGUCAGAGAAGCCAGUACAGUGAAUGUUUCAAGUUGACUAGUCCAAGGAGUGAUUUCUAGAGAUUCUCAGAAUUUCAUUAAAGUUGUUUUAAUUAAGACCAAGAUAUUUUAAAACUGUGAAAGAACUUGAGCUACCUUGCAGUAAAACUGCUAGGGUGUCCUAUAGCUUGGUUGUGAACUUUUCUUGAGAGGGCAGAUGGAUGUAAAUGAAGAUAUAUGGGGAAGAUGAGAAGAACAUCUGCCUUUUUCAGCUCUCUAUGAGAAAUGUACAAGCAAGACAAAAAUAAAACUGAGGCACCGAGCUUGUUUCAGCUUGUGGUAGGUGUAGGAAAAUUUCUGGAAGUCCCUUUUCUCUCUCUUCAGUCCAGAUGCACAGAUCAAUGGAGCAUUUAACUACCUCUCCUGUUGAUGUUUAAUUUUUUUUUUUUGUAGUGUUCUGAAACACACAUUAAAACACAGACGAGUGCAAACAGCUACCACCUAUACUCAGCAGUCUUAUCUCCUUGAUUCUAUGACUGUUAUUGGUCCCUCUUAUUUUGAGGUUUAAUGUAAAACUGUGCUAGGCAUUAGUCGUUUACUGGCAUUUUUAAUCAAGAGCUCAAAUGGCUUUUGGAGUAUUUAUGCAUCAGUAGCAGACAGUAGAACCUCACUAAUUCUCACUUGCUCAAUACACAAACAGAUAUUUCUAUGUCUCUGUCUCUCCCUUUCUCACAUCCAAGGUGAAAUGACAGAAGAAAAUGUAGUGUGAGAAAAUCACAAGGCUUAACAAAUUUAUCAAGUGCUGUGUACAGUCCGGGGUUUUUACUGUUACACAGUUCCAUCUGCUUUGGUAAGAAUGGUGAUUCAUUGUGGAGUACAGACAGCAGUAAUCCCUAUUCUCAGUGUUAGCAGUAAUCCCUAUUCUCAGUGUUUGCUAACAAGUUCUGCUGUUGCUGUCUUUUUCCGAAAUUCUGAGAAGACAAUUAUUAAGUAGCAAGGUGCAUGAAAGGCAUAUGAUUAAUACAUUUUGCUGUGAAAGUUUGGUUAGACCACCACAUUAAUGGGCUUUUUACCCUCCUUUUUCUCCUCCAUUUGAGCAGCAAGAUCAAUCUUACAAAUUCUUGGUUUUUGGUUGCCAAAUUGCUGUUUUUGGACAUGUUAAAAUUAAGAAGAUUGGUGAGGAAGAGAGAGAGACAAAACCAGUAACUCAGCAGUGUUUUGCAAAGGGUUACUCCAAGGCACGUUCUUCUGAAUAAUGAUGAAUUGCUUCCUGAUUUGUGGUCAGUGACUUUUUUUGGUAUAAUUACUGUCAAGAAGGAAGCUGAACAACUAGACUACAUUUCUUAGACCUAGCAUGGUGGAGCAUUUUUAUCAAAACCCUUACGCCUUUUUGACCAAACCCACUUGACACAUGUUACCGGAACUGCUGCCUCUUUUUUAUAAAAGAGGGUGAUCUGUGAGUCACUGGAGUGAUAAGCAAAGAGUAUAUCCCAAAAGGAACACGCUUUGGACCCCUGGUAGGAGAGAUCUAUACCAGCGAUACGGUUCCCAAGAAUGCGAACAGAAAAUACUUUUGGCGGAUCUAUUCAAAUGGUGAGCUUCACCACUUCAUUGAUGGAUUUAACGAGGACAAGAGCAACUGGAUGCGUUAUGUAAACCCGGGCUACUGUGUCCAGGAGCAGAACUUGGCCGCUUGUCAGAAUGGAAUGAACAUCUACUUCUACACCAUCAAGCCCAUCCCUGCCAACCAGGAGCUGCUUGUGUGGUAUUGUCGGGACUUUGCAGAGAGGCUCCACUACCCCUCUUCCAGAGAGCUGACAAUGAUGAACCUCACACAAACCCAUGUUAAUCCAAAGCAGCACAGUGCUGAUAAAGAUGAGCUCUGUCAGAAAAGCAUUCCAAAGAAAGAGCACAGUGUGAAAGAAAUCCUGAAAAUGGAAUCCAACCCUCCGAAAGAAAAAGACUUCUUCCAGACCAACACUUCACCAGUUACUCCAGAAAAAGACUUGGAUGAUUUGCGCAAGAACUAUAGCCCUGAGAGGUGUUUCUUCCCUCGAGUUGUCUAUCCAAUCCGACCUCACAUUCCCGAAGACUAUCUGAAAGCUUCCUUAGCGUAUGGGAUGGACAGACCCAGCUACAUUACUCACUCACCCAUCCAGUCAUCUACUACACCAAGUCCUUCUGGGAGGAGCAGCCCAGACCAAAGUUUAAAAAGUUUAAGCCCUCAUAGCAGUCCAGGGGUCACAGUUUCACCUCUGGCACCUACUUCCCAAGAGCACAGAGAGUCAUACUCUUACUUGAAUGGCUCAUACAGCUCAGAAGGAUUGGGGUCUUAUCCUGGAUACGCACCCCCUAGCCAUCUCCCAUCUGCCUUUCUACCAUCCUAUAACCCCCACUACCCCAAAUUCCUGUUACCUCCAUUCAAUAUGAGCUGUAAUAACCUGAGUGCUUUGAACAGUAUCAAUGGCAUCAACAAUUUCAGUCUCUUCCCAAGGAUGUAUCCUCUUUAUGGCAACCUGCUCAGUGGUGGUAGCCUUUCCCACCACAUGUUGAACCCAGCCACGCUCCCCAGUUCGUUGCCCAGUGAAGGAGGCCGUCGAUUGCUGCAGCCUGAUCAUCCAAGAGACUUCCUCAUACCAGCACCUAACAGUGCCUUCUCUAUCACGGGCGCUGCUGCCAGCAUGAAGGACAAGCCAUGCAGCCCCACCAGCGGGUCGCCCACCGCUGGUACAGCAGCCAGUUCAGAACACAUAAUGCAACCUAAACCUACCUCAGUGGUGCUGGCUGCCACCGGUGGUGAAGAAGCCAUGAAUCUCAUUAAAAGUAAGAGGAAUGUGACCGGUUACAAAACCCUUCCGUACCCACUGAAGAAGCAGAACGGGAAGAUCAAGUAUGAAUGCAAUGUCUGCUCCAAGACCUUUGGCCAGCUCUCCAAUCUGAAGGUCCACCUCCGGGUACACAGCGGAGAGAGACCGUUUAAAUGCCAGACUUGCAAUAAAGGCUUCACACAGCUGGCGCACCUCCAGAAGCACUAUCUGGUACACACAGGAGAAAAACCCCACGAGUGUCAGGUUUGUCACAAGCGGUUCAGCAGCACCAGCAAUCUCAAAACCCACCUGCGGCUCCACUCUGGAGAGAAGCCUUACCAGUGCAAGCUGUGCCCAGCCAAAUUCACCCAGUUUGUGCACCUGAAGCUACACAAGCGUCUCCACACCCGGGAACGUCCGCAUAAAUGCAUCCACUGCCACAAGAGUUACAUUCACCUCUGCAGCCUCCAGGUCCAUCUGAAGGGCAACUGCCCUGUAGCCCCUGCCUCCGGCCUCUCCAUGGAGGACCUGAAUCGAAUCAAUGAAGAGAUAGAAAAGUUUGACAUCAGUGACAAUGCUGACAAGCUGGAAGAGAUGGAGGACAAUAUCGACUUAACAUCGAUCGUGGAGAAGGAUAUACUGACCAUGCUCAGAAGGGAAAUGGAAGGAGCUAAUCUGAAAAUAUCUUUACAGAGGAACCUGGGAAAUGGACUUAUCUCCUCAGGAUGCAACCUUUACGAGUCUUCAGAUAUGUCAAUUAUGAAGUUGCCUCACGGUCACCCACUACCUCUGUUACCUGUAAAGGUCAAGCAAGAAACAGUUGAACCAAUGGACCCUUAAGACUUUUUGGCAAAGUGAUUUUUUUUUAUUUAUGACUUGGCAAGUCAGGGUGCCUGUAGCAGUUGCUUGUACAUAGUUUCAGUGCUGCAAAGCAAUCUUGGCUUACAGUAAUUUCCCUACACUCUCCAGCUGAAAGAAGGAACUCCAAAGUUACCGUUUUCUCAGGGCAUAAAAAGAGGCAAAGGACUGUGCAUUGCCUCGCCAGUUACUAAAAGACAAUCAUCUAUCCAUAAUUAUUUUUUCAAUGAUAGUACUUCAUAAUUUAUUAUGCAAUUUAUCAUUCUAAAAGCAAUAAUUAGAAAAAUGUUUACAAUGACUGGAAAAUUCAUUGUAAUUUUUAGUUUAAAUGUUUUUUUUUUGUUUGUUUUAUGGCCAUUCUUUGUAGAUACUUUUUUCUGCACAUCUGUUUUAAAAACCUAAGAUUGGGGUUUCAGUAAAUGUGUUUUAUGUACCAGUGUCUUUUAAACAAAUGUGGGUUUUUGUAUUGCCAAAGUUGGACAUUUGACAUACAGAAUCCUAGAUCAGUUGGUUUGAAAAAAAUGCUGUGUACUCUUACGUGCAAAUCACCCCAUUGGAAAUUAAAAAAAAAAAAAAAAGUAGCAGCAAGCAGAGAAGAAACUACUACCCCUGGCUCUCCAGGGAUAGGAGAGAGAUUCUUCUACCUGCAGCUCUACCCAGAACAGAUGUGGCACAGCAAACACCUACUUGCCAUGGACAAUACAUUAGGUUUUCAGAAAACAGCUAUCGCCCCACAUGUUGUCAUGUAACUUUAUGACCAAAGGAAUGCAUCAGCUUGAAGUGGCUCUUCCAAGAUAAAAUAUCACUUAUGUUAUUUUAUUUCCAAAAGCAGUCUAAAAACAAACACACAAAUAUUCUUAAUAUUCUCUUAAAAGAAGUUCUUCGGCAGACUUUUUUUUCUUCCUUUUUUUUCUUUUUUUUUUUUUUUUGCCAGAGCUUUCCAGGGAUAAAAAGGAUGGUCAAAUUCCCUGAGAAAUGAGAGGUUUGUUUUUAUUUGUAUUUUCCUCUCCCACUUUGCCUGGGUAGAAGUGGGGAACAAAGUCCUUUUCUGGCACAUACAUUUUUUCCCCUUCCUUCUCUAUGACUCAGAUUUUUCUCAGUAUUUGUGUUUGUACAUUUUGUGGUUAAUUUAAUUAAAGAUGAAAAGGGCAUUGCAAAGUUGUUGAACAACAAUUACCUCAGUGCUUGUGUCCAGUGGUGCAGACAAUGCUGUUUUAUCUAAAUGCUUCGCUACUUUAGAGAAGAAACCAAAAUGUGCACAGGGAAAAAUAGAAUGCACGUCCUUUUAUCUUUUUGUUUUGCUAAGCCCAAAGAUGAUGUGGUGACAUUUGAGGUGUAGCAAAGAAUACAUGUAUAUUUAUAGAUAUAUUUAUACCACUAUACUAUAUAUGUAUAUGUAUAUAUAUUUAUACCACUUAAGUUGUGAGCCAAACCAUGUAAUAAAACCUAUUUUUCAUCUAAGUGUGAAAAUCAAAUGUUAUCCACUUUUGCAUAUUACCAAUGACCUCAAAACCAGAAGGUUGUGCUAAGGCAUUUAUCACUUGCAAGUACACGUGGCACCGUUGUCUGUGUGAAGCCUGAACUUGCAAACACCUUAUGUGACUCACUCCACGCGCGUGUGGAGUCUCAACCAAUCGAGUGGGAAUUUUAUCAUGUUUGCAGGACUGGGGGCUUCGCGCCCCCCCCCCCCCCCCCCCAGCAAUGUAUGCUGGGGGGAAGGAGGAGGGUGGUCAGUGAACAAACAGCCAGAAAACUUAACUGAGGGAACUUGAAAAGAAGCCAAAUAUCGCCCAUGCGUGGUGUAAGUAUAAUACACAGUGGAGGGUAGCAUUAAAGUUAGUUGGGGUGAGCCCAUAGUUUCAUUUUACCCUGCCAUUAAAGAGUUGCAUGGUCAACUCAUGUAAAUGUAAGUAGCAUUAUUACACGUUCCCUCCAUGUAUAUCUUCUUGUCUGUUUAUAUUCUUAUAAAUGAUAACGUUAAGAAUAGCCCACUUCAUCAGUCCAGGAUUUGGUGAUUUUUUUUUUGUCUGUAAACUUCAUUCUAAUGCCUUCUGUUAAAAACAAUCCUCAGAUCUAAGAAAGUCUCUCAACACAGCUUUUGAAGGACUACAGUUCAUUACAUUUCCACUCCUGCAAAUUGUGAGGCUGACAUCUUUUAAAUGUAGCAAUAGUUCAUAAGUAUAGUACUUACCUGUAGGAUAAACCAAAGUAUCACUACUCUGUCACUGGACACACACUUUUCCUAUUAUUUGCCUGUAGUGCUUUCUUGUAUUUGAUACAAAUUUUACAAGAAUUUAUAUGCAUCAGCUUUAAGAAUUGUUACUUCUCUUUACUGUUUCCCCCUUCCCUUAGAAGUUUUACAUGUGAAUGUAGCAACAAUCAACAGUGUUUUGGGUUUUUUUUUUUUUUUUUUUUUGUCUCUCUUAAGACUCUGACCAAAGUUAACAGGCUUUUUACUUUGCUAGAACAACAAACUAUCAUAUGUUUACGUAUUGGUUUACAUCAUUAUUUAUGUGCAAAUUGUCAAAUGUAAAUUAAAUAUAAGUGUUCAUUGCUUUA